AUGUGUUCCUCAAACUCUCAUGACAAUAAUCAUCAUAAUAAAUCAUCAGUAGCAGGAGUAAAAUUGUUCGGUGUUCAAGUGAGUAGUGGUAGUAGUACUAGCCACCAUGGUAUGCCAGACCAUGGUACUACGCAAGCUUCAGUACAAUUAAUCCAAUUAUAUAAUUACAGUGAUGCUGAUCAUAGCAGAUCAUCAUCAGCAUCAUUGUCUAGAUUCAAGUGUGAGUACUGUGGCCAGGGAUUUGGGAGUUCUCAAGCGUUAGGGGGUCACCAGAACGCUCAUAAAAAAGAAAGAAAGUUAGCCCAACUCGGGGCCGAAUACCAAGUUACUCACUGCUGGCUUCCUCCCCCUCCUCGCUACUACUACGGCCAAACCACCGCCAUGCAACUCGUCAGCUCAUCGAAGCCGUCUGAUCCUCAUCACGAACUUGUUUGUUCUAGUGGGUCCGGUGGCGGUACUACUGCUAGAAGUAACACCAUCACCACCACCGCCACCAGAGAAACUAUGGAGUACCCCGGAAGUGGCACUACUGCUGUUUCCGCAGGGAAUGAAGGAGUUGAAGAUGGUGAUCUUGAUCUUCAGCUAAGGCUUGGACCACCUAAUCUCACAUCGGUAUAA